GAAUAAACUUCAAAUAUAUUCCAUUGAACGCAAAAUUUCGUACAAAAUUAUUAAAAAUACAUCAGGGUUCUAAAAAUAUAGUUUAAUUUUGCUUUGAUCUCGCGGUGUAUCAUCAGCAUAAUGCUUGAUAAACAAAUUUCUUCAUUUGUUUUCCUUAUAAUAUCAAUUGCAUCAGUGAAAGCCUUUGAAGUUGAUAUCAAAUUUACGGGAUCAUCGGUGUCAGGAGCCCUUGUUAAUUUCACUGCAACUCUAUACCAAGAUGGAAAGAUUGCUAAAAAUGGAAACUACGCAUACAACUGGAAUGAUAACGCAGAUCCACCACACUCCACUGUUUUUAAAACAGAGCAGCCAUAUAGUAAUUGGACUGUUGAAUAUCCAAAAGGAACAAAACCAAGCCUCUAUGAAGUUAAUUUAAACGUCGAACGAUACAUGAUAUUUUGGUUCUCGAUAGCACAAAAAAGCGUUCAUUUUAAAGUUACCGAACUUUUAAAUGGAAACAUGUCAUUAACACAAAAUGGCACUUACAGAAACGAACAGUAUGUCUCGUACAAAGACCCGGUAAAUCAUACAGUUACUCUAAAAGAGAGCGACAUGGAAUUUCUGGACAGAAAUGCAACAUAUAUUCAAACAUUUUGGUUUGAAAAUUGCACUUAUCUUGGAGUAACUGAUGGUUACACUUAUAUAAAUCGAUAUCCACAUAUAGGCACUACAUUUGACAUUGAAGCACUGGUUGUUGCGUCAUUUGAUAAACUACCAACUCCCACACCUAGCACAACAACAACGACUACUACAACAACAACAACAUCUACAACAACAAGUACUACAACCACUACCACUCCAAAGACCACAACCACGACAAGUACAACAACACCACCAACACCUACAAUAUCUUCUAAUUCAACCGCAACAUCAAUAACUGUUCGUCCUAGAGCUAGGAGAGAUACAGCUUCAUUAAUUGCAAACUUUAAUAACCUUACUGCAUCAGCGAAUGCAAGAAUUCUGGGCAUCGAUUUGGCUUCGUUAAAUGAACAACAUUCUGCUAAUGAUGAUUCGAUGACGCCCACAACCACUAACCCCCUUGAUUCCCCAUUGCCUUAUAUUUGUUUCAACAAAUCAAUGGUUGCGGCUGAUCCAAAAAAGACAUAUGGAUAUUUUAAUAGAAGGGUUGUUUCUUUGCAGCCUGUAGGAGAGUUUUCAUCAAGUGGUAAAAACUGGCUGCAACACGGCGAUGUUUUAAACUUGGAUAUAUCUUGUAAAGGAUCAUCUCCUUUGGAAUAUUGCUACAGAGUAUUUAAUGCUCCCUAUAAUUUAACUGGAAACGAAACCUGCUCUAGUUGGCUUUCAAUAACUAGUUGUUCGUUCCAACUGCGACGGUGGUUUGCUCAAAGCAAGACAAUUUUAUUUUUUAUCAGGAAUCCAAUUGCUUCCUCAGUUAAUCAGGUCACCAUAAACUUUUACGAAACGAAGAAACAAUCACAGCUUUCGGUUAUUGUGGUGCCUGUAUCAUUCAGUUUGAUAGCAGUUAUCUUAAUAGUAUUUGGUGUGUCCUACUAUAUUCAAAGUAGGAAUCGCUUCAACGUAGAAGUAGCUGAUUUUAACUUUGGCGAAACACAAUCCGUCGAUAUGGAAUAUAAAACAUUCCAGCAGCGUCUUAUUGAGAGUCUUUGUGAUGCAAUUCCACAUAGAAGGCGAAGUGAUAGCAGUGAGUUUCUCCCAGACUCUAGCCCAACAGGAAGUGAAGGUGGUAGCCCAAUGCGCUAUAAUACGAUGACAUAAGUGAAUCGGUGUAUGUUUUUUUAUUAUUAGUGUUUAUAUAUAUGUAUAUGUAUUUAAGGCAACGGCAUUCUCCCAUUAAUUUAUUUUUUUUUUUUUUCUGAGACACGAAUAUAAAAAAGUCUUGAACAUUUAUUAAUUUCGUUGGAAUUUGUUUUAAAUUUUUCUUUAUAUUUUAACUUCCAUAUAAUUUUCUAGGUCAAUCAAAAUCAGUUUAAAACAUCUCGCCAUUUUUGAUCCACUAAUUUUUAGGCUGACAUAAAUUUAUUCCAAAGACUGUUUUGUUAUUAAACAAAAUCAAAUAAGAUAACUAUGUAUACAAAAAAUUGAAGAACAAAUCACAAAACCAAAAAAACAAAUUAAGCUCUACAAAUUGUAUGCUUUUUUCUAGAAUAGGUAUCUAUGUAAUUUCAGAAAAUUAUAAUAUGUAACAGAAAAACACAGAUAUGCUGACAAAACAUUAUAUACUAAUAUUGAAACUAAUAGUAAGCAUUUUGGAAACUUGAAUAAUAUGAAUGUAAUAUUUUGUAUAACACUUCCCUAUUAUUUCCGUGCUUUAUUUCAAUAUUAAUAUAAUGUUAGAAGAACUUUGAAAAUUAUUCUCUUCUAAACAUGAAGUUUAAUUUUCUUUAUCAUUUUCAAAUAAAUCACCUUAAAGUGUCAGUAGACCAAAAAUAUUAAAAGAAAAGUUUUAAUUUUUUAAUGAAGGGAUUAAACCUAGUUUUUGUUUCAUACGAAACUGAGGUGAUUUUGUGACAUCCAUGUUAAUUUGUACCAGUUUUUUUUUUUUUUUUUUUGUAAAACACUGUAAUAAAUUUCAAGUUUCAAUGUAAAAUUAUUUUGAUAUGAUAUUUCAUUCAAACAAAUUAUUAACAAGCACUUUUGAAUAUUCCGUAAUUUUUUCUCUUUACAAAAAUCACUUUUUAAGCUUUACUUUCUCUAAUUUCUAUGCAAAUCAUACAACACUUCUCACUCACUUGAUCUAUCUCAAACUCAAAAUAAUUAAGUGGGAGCAAGAAAGCUUAACUAAACAGUGCUGGAAAACUUCAUGGAACAUAAAGUAACAGAUUGUAGAACAACUCGGUCAAGGUUUUUUUUCCAUGAAACACAAAAACUUGUUCUGUUUUUCAAAUCUUUUCUGUUCUUUUCCUUUCGGAAGACAAUCCUUAAAUAGAGCUAAUGGUGUAUUGCUUUCUCAAAUUUCUUUCUUUAUUUCCAGUUUUUGAAAAUUUCUUUCUUUUCUAAUAUUGAUUUCUUUCAUUCUAGUAAGAGAUGCUUAACACACGUAAAACAAACAUAAAUACACAGUUGAAUGCACUUAAAAAAUAAAGCCAAAAACUAAUAAAUUUCGUUAACCUUUAUAAUUAUGUCAUACAAAAAUUUGUUUUCGUCGGUCGAAAUACCUUGAUUUUUAUUAUUUUUAUACUUUUGAAUCUUUCAAUAUUUUAAAUAAAUCUUCAUCCAUCCAUUAUGCUCAUGUUCACGUUUACAUAUUGUUCCUCGAUUAAGUGAUGAGCGAACUUUAUUUUAAAUGUGAUCAUGUUACAAAAUUUCAUUCGCACAUUUUAUAUAUACAAUACAAAUAUGUAUUUUUAUAAACUAAUUUAAUCGUUGAAUUAAAAGAAAGUCUUACUUCCUCUUUAAUAUUCGUUUUUCUUUUAAGAAAUUAAGAUUAUUGCUUGUGAUAAAAAAAAUUAUAAAAGUAUUCAUAGGUAUAACACGGUAGUUUUUGUCACAUCAAUCCUACUCGUUGUUUUUAUGUAGAUUUGUGCAGUUUUUCCACAUAACUUCGAAGUAAAUGAAUAAGCAAAUGCUGCUGGGAGAAGAGCGAAAAGAAAUAUAUGUACACUUCCCCAAAAAAAACUUUACACUUUUUUCUUAAAUAUAUUUUUAUUCUGAAAAAAAUAACACUUUUUUAUGUUUUAAACUUUAAGUUACUAAAGAGGUUAAAUAAAAUUUAGAAAAAGACAAAAAACAUACACAUAAUUAAGUUAUGAAUUUUUUUUGAAAUAAUGCAUAACUAACUAUAAAUAAAUUUAUUUAUUACUUAAAGAAAAGAUUGUGAGGAAUAAAAAUUUAUAUUCAUA